AUGAUCUGCUUUUUCAAAAACGAGCACCCUUGCAGACGCGAAGCAGCUGCUGCUGCUGCUGCUGCUGGUGGUGAUGGUCGUCGUCGUCGUCGUCGUCAU